GAAGCGUUUACUGAAAUGUAUGGCGAUCAACUCCUGGACCUUGGAAUUCCGAAUGUGUUCUUAAUGGCACAACAAAAUGGACAGAAACUGAUUGAGUUGAUUGUAAAACAUCACAUAUAUUACAGGAUAUCAGGGGAAAUAUCGCAGUUCUGUGAUAGAAUGAAUGAUGUAAAUGGUGCAUGGUCAAUGGUGACUACCCAUGCAGACCUUUUCCAAGGAAUGUUCUGCUACAAGCCAAAGAUGCUGUGUGGGGAUGACGUGAUUAAUUUAUGUCAAGUGAAUUAUGGUCUGCAAGGCUCUAAUGACAGAUCCCUUGAAGAUACAUCAAUAUUUGGAUGGGAAUUAUUUCUACAAGCCAUUGAAGCUGGCCAGACUGAUGUUUCCUUUGAAGAUUUACUCACUUUUAUCACUGGAGCAUCAACGCUUCCUCCUUGUGGUUUUUACAAAUUGAUAGACAUCGAUUUUUAUUCAUGUGAUGGCAGAUUGCCUUCAGUGUCAACUUGCGCACUGCAGCUCUGGCUUCCAAGAGUUACAGACCCAGACUUGAUCGGAAUCAUGAUAACAAGGGCGUGUAAAGAGUCUCAUGGAUUUUUGAAAGUCUAAAUUGAUUGGGUGAUUAUAUAGUUAGACACAAAGGACAUUAGUUUUUUGUUUCUUAGAUUUUAUUUUCAAUGAUGUCUAGAUGGUUUUGGUUUGGGGAGGGAAAACAUAAAACAAAUUUAAGGAACACCAGUAACGACUCUAAUAACCUCACAUUGUUUACGCAA